ACAGGCUCUAAGCCAAUCCAAAUGGGCUCACAUUCUUUUUCUUUACGAAGGAAUUUCACUUUAAAUAGUGCCAGCCUUAAACUCUGAAGUGAACAUUAAGAAGGCACAGAAUUCGAUAAAAUUACAAACUUUCAUAAAUGUCAUCUAAGAAUAAAUAUAUGCGUAAUCUCUACGAAAGCUUAAACAGUACUUCAACUCUUUUCUUUUCCAAAUAAUGCCCCUUCAGUUACACCUCAAUUAAUACAUCCAGGUAGGAGGCAAGAUUGCAGUUCACCCAGGCAAAACCAGAAUCUUAAAGAACAUGUCUUCAAAUCAAGUACUAAGACUAAGUCCAAUUCAACUCAAUUUCAGUCAGUACCACACCCUGGUCUCCUUAAAUCAGGAAGAUCAAGAUCAACGACAGGCUGCGUUAGAGUACGUUCUUAAUGUGAUUGUUUACUCCUCUGUUAUCCUGGUGUUGCUGAUGGUUGCGGCGUUGUUAAUUAAAUUACUUGGAGUUUGUGAUGGGGAAAUGGCAAGAAAUGAUGAUACUAUAAGAAGAGAAACAGACAGAUUGAUAUCGAAAGCAAGUGCGUCUUUGACAUACGGAACAUGUGAUGAAGAUGAUUUGGAAUCGGGAAAUUGCAGUCGUUCUAGUUCCUCAGAGGAUUUGUAUGAUGAAAAUAUAUGUAUAGUUUGCUAUGACAAUAAACGAAAUUGCUUCUUUAUUCCUUGUGGCCAUUGUGCGACUUGUCACUCAUGUGCUAAGAGGAUUACAGAAGAAGAAAACAAGAAUUGCCCAAUUUGUCGAAGAGUAAUUCGGAGAGUUAGAAGAGUGCUUCUUGCAUAAACUCAGUAUUUCCCUUAUGUAAAUGAUGCAAUUGACUCUUUCUAAUUCAACAAUGGUAAUAUUAGUAUAGUACUUCUUAAUUUUUACUGCAAGUUGCUGACUUGCAAUUUGACAGGAGCAGGUGAAAUAUGAUGUAACAUAACAUGUUUGUUUAUGUGUACACUCAUUGGUACUAAUUACUUGGGUCCCUUUUUGAAGGCUUAAGUCA